AAUCUUCCUUGCGUUCAAAGUUGUAUUUCUUUCUCGAAUGCAUAAAAAAUAAUGCAUUAACUUUUGUAACAAUUCUAUUUUGGUUGAUGUAAUAUUUAUCAUUUCAAUGCAUUUUAUAUUCCCCCAAGUGCUGUAAUACAAUUGCAAACAAUUAUGCAACUUCCUUAUUUUGUUUUUAAAUCAGAACGACGUGAUCAUUUUAUAUUUUUAUUGUUUUCCAAAGACACUUUCCCGUAUUAAUUCGCCGAGAGCUCUGAGUCAUGAGAUUAUGUGUACACGUUCAAUAUUCUUCACUAGGUUAGUAAUCGAGACCAACAAACUCCCUGAACUUCAUGCUUGAGUAAACAAUUGUUGAUGAGUUGUAAAUAUAUGUCAUUACAAACUAGCAACAUCUAAACUGCAGGUGCGUGGCAGGAUAAGAAUAGAAACCGCACAAAGAGACUGAGCUCGGCCGUCAAUUGAAAUAUACACAAUGAUUCAUGCAUUUACUUCCGUCUGUAUCCAUGGCGAAUUAAUAAUAAUAAUACCCCUGGAUGUCAGACAUCACUAUAAUACCAUUAUCAUGAAAAUAAACGAGGACUUUACAGGUGUCUGAGUAGAAAUUGAAAGAUAUACAAACAAAGUAUUUAUCUGUGUAUACGCUCGUAUCUUUCUGGUAAAACCGACCAAGCAACAAGAGAGAAGCAGCUUUAUUUAUAGAUAAUUGACCCCAACGUGGAAAGAGAAAUAAGUUUACACGUUUAAUGCGCAUGCAAAUGAAUAUGCUAAUAAACCAAAGUUUGAUAAACGUCAGACUGUUUUGUUCUUCACGCUUGAUUUCAAUCGAGAGUAGACAGACUUGACGAAGAUGUAAAAUGCCCCCCGGAGAGUCGUCCCCUAUAGUCGUCGCGAGCUCUACCUGGUCUAAUAUAAGACAGUAACACCUUUCGUGUUAGUGGACCAUAAGAGAGUGUCCUAAAUCAAGAGAACCUGGCCUAAAUAUAACGAUGUUUAUAUAUUAUGAAAGACCUGGAAAUCCCCAUAAGGUUGAUCUAUUUUUGUUGCUGGUGCAAUGUUUUGGCCUUGAAUAUUAGAGUGUAUAUUGUCUCCAAGGUUCCAUAUCUUAAAUGAUAGCAAUUGAAAUGUGAUCGUAUUUCAUGAACUUUUUUUUUUGAAAGGUUGUAGGAUAUUUUUAAAAGAGGGGUUUAUUUUCGCAACUUAAUCAUCCAAUCGCGAGGAAGUUAAUCCCGCCCCUCUAUCGUGUCAUCAGAUCGUUCGCAAGCCAGUACUUGAAAAAAUACGUUACACAGCUGAUGUGUAGUAAAAGUCGCGAGUAGUUGCGCACUCAAAUCAUUGUUUACAUCAGAGUGCACGAGCCAGUGGGGCGAGGCCAAAAGACUACCGAAGCGCCCAAAAAGUACUUCCAUGACAAGGAAAUUUACCGAUGAUGGACCCCAGAUCCUCGCAUCGCGAAAGACUGGCGUCUUCUGGAAGCGUCCUCAGCGAUGACAGCGAAAUUUUGGACGGGAUGGAUGAUGCCUUCGAGGAAGUUAGCGAUCCACGUUUGCGAAAAGCUGCAUCCCAAGCUGGAAGAGAGAGAAAUAUAAUGCCGCUUAUUAAAGAAGAGCUUCGACUUUCAAUCCUCUCCCGACGAAACAAAGAAGGGAAAGGGGAUGUUAUAAUCGAAGAAAAGAAACCUCAAAUAAAGAGGCCUCUAACAGAACCUGAAAAAGAAAGAAAGCUCCGACGCCAAGAGCAAAACCGACGAGCUGCAAGAAAAUGCAGAAAGAAGAAGAAAGACAGCGAAGUCAAUGUUAUGCAGGCCUAUCAUUCCGAAAAAGAAAGACAUGAUAGUCUCACCGAGGUGGUGGAAGAAUUAAAAAAAGAAAAACAAAAAUUGGAAGAAGCUCUGCAGAGUCAUCUCCCACACUGCACCAGACAUCAGAGUACUUUUGUACCCAUUCCGGAAAACACACGUUUGCUCCCAUUUGGCGCAUGUCUCUCACCGCCUUUCGAUACCGGUAUGUCAUCUACUCCUGAACCUGAUACCCCAAACCCAACGACUCCACACACGCCCGGUGGUCAAGUUUUCACUUUCUCUCCCGUUCCAUUUUGUACCACUAUGCAACAAGAAGAAAAUAUAUACACAACCGCCGACGAAGAAGUGUGCUGUGCACACUCUGAAACGACAUGGAAAACCAGUGAAAUGUCUGAAUAUCCCGGCACCAAUUACGACACGAAUCUCGAUGGCUGCUUUGGGAGUGAAUUUGAAAACAUUGAUAUUACACCUUUUACCAGCAUCGAAAAUUCUAUCGACUUCUCUCAGUAUCAUCAAACGCCGCUGAAUGAGCAAUUCAUCUCUCAAUCGGAGUUCACUCAAAGCCAACAACAAACCGGGAUAUCACUUCCGGUGAGUACUCCGGACAACACUGGCAUCCCUUCCGGUGACAAUAUACCAACAUUCAGUGGACUAGAGUUUGUUUUGGACCUGAUUACCAGUGAUAACCAGUACAACAUUCAAGGAAAUACAAAUGAAACUGUCGGAGAGUUUUCCCAGCAUGGUGAAAACAUUUCCUGCCCAAAUUUGCAUGAUAUAUGAAAAACAAUGUUAGUAUGCAUCUCACGCACAAAAUACUUGAGAAGGUUGAUUUCCCAUAAUUCAUAGAAAGAUGUGUUCAAAGAACGAGUGGAUAUUUUUUUUUGCGCCAGUAUGUUGUCUCAAGUCAGGAAACUUUAUCGUAUGCACAAUAUUCAUUACAUGUUUUAUUUUGGGGGACUAAUAAAAGACAAUUCCCCCCUUUAUUUCUGUCGAAGUAUACUUUUUACAUAUUGGCCUUUCGUGGCGCUAACAUAGUGCUAGAAUAGUAUAUACUAACAGUUGUGUAAUUCAUGAAAAAGGUUUGUAUUACAGACAUGACAUAUUCUCUGGUCAGAAGUUUUCACAGAAGAUCUCGAAUGUUUGUAAAUAGUUUUUUUUUUCCUUUUUUGAUUUUUUAAAUUUUAUUAUACAUGACACUGUAAUAUACAUGUAUAUAUUUUCUUGAUUUUUCUAUGUGCCAAUGAACGGGUAAAUAUUGGUGCAAGAUAUCAUAAUAUAUGUUCAAGUGUGAAAUGAAAUUUCAUAUUAUUCAUAAAUCUCGUAUAUUAUCAAUAAAUAUAA